AUGGAACCUGAAUUUCACAACGCUGCAAUGCAAGCUCGUCAUGGUCAUGUAGAAGUUGUGGAUGUCUUGAUAAAUGAAGAGCUAGAUCACUCAUAUUUUGGUAAAAAUGUUGGAGACGAAACUCCACUUUAUAUUGCUGUUGAGAGACGGUAUUGGAACGUGGUGGAUGCAAUAUUGGAUAAAAGUAAUUCACCACAAUAUAAUGGUCCUAAUGGCAAAACUGCUUUGCAUGCCGCAGUUCUUCAUGGUAGCAAAGAAGUAGUAGUGUCAAACUUGUUGGCAAAAAACUCAUUAGCAACAAAAGAAGCAAAUGAAAAUGGUUGGGUGCCACUUCACUUGGCAGCACUUUACACAAAUUCAGAUAUGGUAAGGGUGUUGCUAGAGAAUGACAGUACAGAAGCACAGCAUUCAUGA